GCCAUUAAAAAACGCACUCCCAGAAAAGCAAAAUCUCUUCCCUUUCCCUUCCCAUUUCACCAAAAAGAAUCCCACUUUUCUUUCUUCAUCUUUCUCCCCUUUCUUGUGUUCUACAGUGCCUGGGAAACCCUAAAACCUUGAUCUUCCCUGACCCUUUUCCUAUCUCAACCCGACCCGAUCUGGGUCCGAUCCCAAUGUCCCUUCUUCCAGCAUGAAAUCACAGAUAAAGUAUUCAAACGGAAAUUAGAAAAAUAAAAGAGUGAUUUUUCCCCCUUCUUGUUUUCAUUUGAGGGAGAGAAAGAGAGGGAGAAAUGUAUAAGAACCAGCUGCAAGAGCUGGCGCAGAGGAGCUGCUUUAAUCUUCCCUCCUAUACGUGCAUUAGGGAAGGUCCAGACCACGCGCCAAGGUUCAAAGCCACCGUUAACUUUAACGGCGAAACCUUCGAGAGCCCUCACUACUGCUCUACUCUCCGUCAAGCGGAACACUCCGCUGCCGAAGUCGCACUCCAAUCCCUCUCUAAUCGUGGACCUUCUCACUCCCUCGCCGCUAGAAUCCUGGAUGAGACUGGGGUUUACAAGAACCUCUUGCAGGAAAUUGCACAAAGAGUCGGGGCUCCAUUGCCGCAGUAUACGACGUUUAGAUCAGGCCUUGGACACCUACCUAUUUUUACGGGAACAGUUGAAUUGGCUGGAAUCAAAUUCACCGGGGAACCUGCUAAGAACAAGAAACAAGCAGAAAAGAAUGCAGCCAUGUCAGCUUGGACAUCUCUAAAACUAUUGGCGAAAGAAAAUAUGAGUUCUUCAGAGCCAGAGAACAACGAUGAGCUUGAACAGAUAACAAUUGCUCGGGCGCUGUUGAAUUAUCGAAUAAAGGAAAAGAUGGCUAUGGCAAACUCCUCUAAUGGUCCAAUAUUAUUUACAAAGAAGUUUCCCAUUCAGAAUCCUAGACCAAUUAGUCCACAGCCUCCUGCUACCACCUCAAAAAUCCUUCCUCUAAUCUGCCCAAAGUUGGUUUCUCGGAACAGGUCAAAGUCAGCAGCAGCACAUGACAAGCUCAUACCGACAUCAUCCCAAACACAUGUACCUGAAAGCUGUGGUGCUCGUCCACAGAAAUUCCCUGCAGCUGGAGCAGCUCCUUAUGUUCCCAUUCGACAAUUACGGGCACCUUGUCAUGGCAUCGCUCCACCAGUUACAAUAAGAUCUGCAGUGCCUGUUUUCUCCGCACCACCGCAUCCAGCACCAUCUGCAGUAUCCCCUCAGCCACCAGCAUCAGCAAUUCCUACUCAUCCAGCAGAGUCUCUUCUUCCAGCACAACAACCUCAAUCUGUAGUUCCUCCUCGUCAAUCACCUUCACCACUCCCCACCCAAGUACUGCGAGCUCCUGUACGAAUUGCCCCACCUAUCACCAUCAGGCAGGCAGUUCCUGUAUUUGCCGCUCCACCAGUAGGUAAAGAAGAUAUACAAUCCAUUCCUAUGAGAAACGAAGAUGUUGCGACAUUUACUACAACAGCCCUGCCCUACAAAUCAGCUGCCCAAGCAGAGGAAGCUGCAAGCACAACAUCAAAGAAUCUGCAAGAAUCGGAGACAGUAGAGAGUUUAGAGCAUCUCAAAAUCUGAUGGCAAUGUAGGAACGAAAUUCGAAUUCAAGGCUAUAGAGCAAGAGUCAAUGGUUUUGUGUUUUGUUAUUGUAAUCUCAUAUAUGAGUGUUGUUAUCUUUU